UUAUUCUAUAAGCAAUACUGUGUGAAAGGUCCAAUUGAGUAAAAUGCCUCCAAAAAAACCAACUCAUAAAGGUUUCCUGCCCGGUUACUACGCUAGUAUAAGGUCAAAAGAAUGUAGGGAGAGAUAUGAGGCAAGAAUUUCAUUGAUACAUUCUGUUGACCCAUACAAGAUACCAAAAAACGACUGGGAAGAUUGUAUGGAAUUAUGGCCGAAUAUUUCUUACAUAAACGUGGGCAUGUAUUUAUUGUUUUCGGUAAGCUCAUACUCACAGGACGAGCUUAUGAACUACAAAAGUCUUUUGUGCUACCAGAACUUUGCGAAUGGCUGGGUUCGAGAAGUUUUGUUAAAAGAAUUUGGCGAUAAUCGGCUGAUGAUUGCGAAGGUAAAUCACUCGCAAAAAAUGUCAGAGAAGCCACUGACUCCAUGGGUUAUCUGUGAGAAGGAAGGGAAGAUUUUGUUUGGUCGCUGUGAUUGUAUGGCUGGUUUAGGGGAAAGCUGCUCCCAUGUAAUCAGUGUCAGCUGAGUCAACACACAAAUAUAUAUUGCAUACAUGUACUAAACAGUAAUGU